CUGUGUCUGGGCCUCGCGUGGUGAGUGGCUGCUGUGGCCGCUCUGGCCGCAGCGCCCGCUGGCGCAGCUCGCGGGCAGGGUCGGGCCGGGCUGCCGCCAUGGCCGGGAGUGAGGACCUGUUUGAUGCCAUCGUGAUGGCGGAUGACAGGUUCCGUGGGGAAGGGUAUCGGGAAGGCUACGAAGAAGGCAGCAGUUUGGGUAUCAUCGAAGGAAGACAGCAGGGCACGGUGUACGGAGCUAAAAUCGGAUCUGAGAUCGGAUGCUACCAGGGCUUUGCUUUCGCCUGGAGAGGCCUCCUGCACAGCUGCGCAACCGAGAAAGACAGCAAAAAGGUGAAGGUCUUAGAGUCGCUGAUCGGGAUGAUUGAGAAGUUCCCUUACGAUGACCCCACUUAUGCCAGACUUCACGAAGACUUAGACAGAAUCAGAGGAAAGUUUAAGCAGCUUUGUUCACUACUAAAUGUCCAGCCAGACUUUAAAAUUAGUGCGGAGCGUUCCGGACUUUCAUUCUGAAGAUGACAGGUGAACCGAGACGAAACACGAAGGAACGGUGUCCGUGUGUGCAGUGUUUAAAACUGCGAUUAAAGGAGAACCAUGA